UGUCCGGGAGCAAUAAUCAUUUGUCUCCGUAAUUGCUAGUUUUGCUUUUUUUGCUGCUUCCCCAGAGAAGCUCGUUCUGUUUCAAUCAUCCCUCUGUGUGGUGGACAAGAAGUGGUUGUGAAUAAAAAUUUGAGUGCGAGGUUUAAUGUGCGGCACAUAGAGUUGUGAACUGCCAUCAUAUAUGAAAUUAAAAUGAGACAGAAUCGCCAUCAAAUAAUUCUUCGACCACUCGUCAUCCUCAUAAUCCUCCUCCCAGGACACUUGUGUGCGGCUAGAGAAGUUCAAACAGUUCACAAGUUACGCGUAUCGAAAAGAUUGGAGGCAUGCUGCUACUACGUGGUCCACGGGCACUACCCCGACUACAUCACCCUCUACACCCCGGAGGAAUUAAAUGAGUACAAAUUGUGGUACGAGACGGACGAGGAUAUCCUCAAAGUGUGCAAUCUUGGCGAAAAUGAAGGGGAUAUUCAAAUCACCCGUCCCCCUGGGUACGAUACCGCCGCCGUACGAGUCCCACAAGUGAAGGAUGAAGAAAAUAUUCUGGGGGUGGAUACCACCCAGCAGGGUGCUGUUGCUGCUGCUGAGGAACCAUCUCACGAAAUUGAUGAAAAGUCGCAAGUUUAUGUGAAAAAUAGCACACCAAAUCACGUCACACUGAAGCCAAAUAUUGUGCCGGAAGAAUCCUAUAAAAGUCAGGAAAACAUCGAGAGCUGCAAAUUGGUCAAACAAGUCACAAUUUCUGUAAAUUUCCACGUAAGCGUAAAUCCACACACGGGAAGUAUCGAAAUUAUUCACGUGAAGGGUGACACGAGGUGAAAGGAAUUUUCCUCCUUUGCCAUCGUAAAGCAGAAUUUUCCAAUCUCAGCGCGAAAAUGGAUGAAAAAUGUGUGGAGGGAGAGAUUGCUUGGUGGAAAUCAUAUGCAUCAAACGCUUGAACAGGAGGAGGACGGGGGGUGGCAAACACAGCGACAUAAGCAUUAAAAAUGCAAAUUUACAUAAGCAAAAAAAAAAAGAAGAAAAAAAUCUCGAAAAUUGACAUAAUUUGUGGCACAAACUUAAAUAUGUAUGAAAAAGGAAUAUAAUGGAGUGGAAAUUGUAAUUGAAUGUUAUAUAUGGGUACAGCAAUAAAUCAUUUUUCCUA